AUGGACAAUAAGAAGGUGAUUUGUGACAGCAAAUAUGGCUUCACUAAGGGCAAAUCAUGCCUGACAAAUUCGGUGGCCGUCUAUGACAGGUUUACGGGGGCUACCAAAGACAUGGGGAAGAUGCUGGGUGGGGAUGAGGAGAAAGACCCAGAUGCUGCCAAGAAAGAAGAGGAACGACAGGAAGCCCUCAGGCAGGAAGAGGAAGAGAGAAAAGCCAAAUAUGCGAAGAUGGAGGCUGAAAGAGAAGUUAUGAGACAAGGUAUUCGAGACAAGUAUGGGAUAAAGAAGAAGGAAGAAAAGGAAGCAGAGGCCCAGGCUGCACUGGAAGCUAAUGCUGAAGGGAGUCUGACGCGCCCAAAGAAGGCGAUACCUCCUGGCUGCGGGGAUGAGGAGGAGGAGGAAGAAGAGAGCAUUCUAGACACCGUCAUCAAAUACCUACCAGGGCCCCUGCAGGACAUGUUCAAGAAGUAA